AUGAUCUCGAAAAUGGACACCAACGGCGACACGGCUUCCUUGAAACGGAAGCGCGAACCGAGAGACGACUCGCCGCUUCUGCAGAAGAAACACCGGCGGAGAUCAAAGUCGAACAUGGAGGGCAAUAUCAUCUCGGAUACAAGCGCCAAUGGCAAGCACCGGCAAGACAAUGUUGCCCCGCAACAAGUCAACGGUGACCCGGAUUCUUUAGGCCGUCCGUCGCAACCUCCUGAAGAUAGUUCGUUCCCGCAGUCAGCGACAAUAUGGAAACUGUCGAAGCCAAUGGGUGGCAGGAUGUUGGAUAUUGAUCCCAUUUUCUCCCUGGAUGAAAGGCAUUUGAUCAUCACAUACAACACCUCGAUACAGGUGUAUUCUACCGAGGACUCCCUGCUCGUCCGCAGGAUUGCUCUUCCGCUGAUGAGGACGGACGACUCGACCGAGCAUGUGGCCACUCAUAUCGUAUCGUCAGCAUUAUCAAAGUGCUCCCCAGACCACAUUUGGGUCGCUUGCUCCGAUGGGCGGGUUUGGCGCAUUAAUUGGACGUCAGGCGCGGGCGCCGACACCCCUUUCGCUGUCGACACAAAAAAGCUUCUGGAUAUGACCGUGGAUGCGGUUGAUAUCGGGGGCAAGGUUGAGGAUGUCUUACUCGUUCUGAAGAGGCUUACCACAAGUUCCGCGCAAAUAACCGCAUAUGACCACGAGGCCCUGUCGACGAACAACGGGAAGCUACUUCACACUUACGACGAGAACCCGCAAUUGCUGCGAUCCGUCGCAGGUGGCAGAUUGAUUGUCGCCGCGGCAAAAGAGACAGUACACAUUGGCUUGCUGAAGUCCAAGAAGCCGGCAUCACUACACGAUCUGGCCUAUCGGUUCCAUUCUCUUGAUGUGCCCGAUAUCAUCAGCUGUCUGGACGUUAGACCCACCAUUCGGACAACCAAGAAGUGGGGCGUUGAACUUCAGUCUAGCAGUCUUGCUAUCGGGUGUGCUCGAGGCGCAAUCUAUCUCUAUACUGAUCUCCUCUCCCAGCUACCUGGCGACGGUUCCGGCUCUUCAAAGGCAGGUCUGAUUCAGCCAAGGAAGUACCAUUGGCAUCGCAGAGCUGUUCACAGUCUCAAGUGGUCCGAGGAUGGCAACUACUUAAUCUCCGGCGGCUACGAGACUGUUCUAGUUCUCUGGCAACUUGACACUGGGAGAUUAGAGUUCUUACCACAUUUGUCUGCUGCCAUUGAGAACAUAGUCGUCUCACCCCGCGGGUCGUCUUAUGCAAUUCAUUUGGAUGACAACUCAACCAUGAUCCUGUCGACCGCCGAGAUGAAGCCGACCAUGUACGUGUCAGGGAUUCAAUCUCUCGUACUGGGAGAUCGGCCAUCUAAAGAGGCCUUGGUCCGCCGUGUCUGGCGGCCGGUCGAUGAGAUCGCCGCGCCGUUGGUUGCCAGCGUCAGCCCUCAGAACCCAACACAAAUGUUCUUGUGCGUUGGCAAUGGGCAGCAAGCCACCGUUGGAGGAGGGACAUCAUCGACACCUCUCCUUCAAGUGUUUGAUAUUUCUUCAUUUCAAGGUGUUGCUAAACACGCCAUCGCACGAACCAACCCCUCAGACGCUAAUAUAACCAGCGAGGGCGCGCCGAUCAUUGAACCGACAACCACCAAACUCGCCUUCUCCCGGGAUGGUAAAUGGCUUGCAUCGGUCGACGAAUGGCAACCGCCAGAACGGGACACCGAAGCUUUCUUAACUGGGUCAAAGACACCUGCCGAAGUCUGCAGGGAAAGACGUGAGAUUUACCUCAAGUUUUGGGAAGUUGGCGCAGAUGGGAACACUCUCGAGCUUGUCACUCGCAUCAAUGACGCCCAUCGUUCCGAUUACGAUGGGGUGAUAUUUGACCUCGCGAGUGAUCCGACCUCUUCCCGCUUCGCUACGAUUGGGAAUGACGGAACGGUGCGCUUUUGGUCCUCGAAACUGCGCAAGAGAGAUGGUCACGCAGCCGCUCGCCCAGACGGGGAACCGUUGCGGAGUUGGACCUGUUCGCGACUUGUUUCUCUCCCUGUGUACGAACAGCAGGAUGACUCGGUCGAGAUGGCGCAACGGACGCCUCGUGGCGGCGCCAUCACAUUUUCCGAAGAUGGUUCCAUACUCUUCGCUGCAUUUGGCGGGCCAUCUGGAGCUCUGGUUGUCGCCAUCGACACCGAGACCGGGACCAUCCGUGAUGUUCUUUCGGGCAUGUUCAGUGGCGGAAUUCGGGCAAUAAAGGCGCUCUCGUCGUGCCUCAUUUUACUCUCAGAGGAUCUGGUUGUCUACGACGUUGUCUCAGAUGAACUACUCUACAGCUUCUCCCUGAAGGAAACAUCGGAAGCUGCGAAACGGCUGACACAACUCGCGGUCAACCAUACUUCGCAAAGUUUUGCGCUUGUCGCCCCGGUACCAAAUCCUGCUCAGGAAAAGAUGAAGAGGGGCGUGAGAUCAGAACUUGUCAUCUUCAACAUCGAAGACCCAAGGCCGCAAUUGGUCAAGACAUUCCCGCAAAUCAUUACAUCCGUAUUUGCCACGCCGGCAUCAUCCGGCUUCGUUGUCGUCGACUCAGCAGCCCAGAUCUGGUCUGUAACCGAGGGCGCCGAUCAAGCUCCUCUCCUCCAACCUUUGGCCGACUUGGGGGUGAGCGACAGUGUCGAGGCGAGUUUGAAAGCGGCGUCCGAAGAGUCCCCUAUCCCUGAGGGAGACGCUAGUGAUGAGGAAAUGCAAGAUGUGGAUCAAGAUGUUGAGAUGGACGAUGACGACGACACCCAUGCCGCUGUUGUGGCACCUCAACGUCUAGCUGAGAUCUUUAACGCUGCGCCUGCUUUUGCAAUGCCCCCGAUUGAGGAUAUCUUCUAUCAAGUAACCCGACUGUUUGCGAGCAAGCCGGUUAACGCUUGA